GGUAUACACAGGCCCACAGAAGCUCAAAGCAGCUGCUGGACCAGUGGUGUCGCGUGUAUAUACCUGUUCCGAAGAUCUGCUUGAUUUGUUUUUCUCCCGAAGUUACUGGGAUAAUUUUUUCGACAAUAUAUCAACUUCGGUACACGACGGUGCUCCGAGAUUUUCUCCAAAUGUCGUCAUCCCGCUAAACGACUUCCUCUCCCGCAACAUCAUCGGUAUUUCACAUAAUUCCCUCGUCUGAGGCUCGCGUUCCUUUCUUUCCCUCUCUCUCUCUCUUCUCGUCUCCUUUUUCAUUCUCAAGCGCACACAGCGCAGGUCUCACCUGGCGACUCCUCUCUUUCUUACAAUAUACACCUUCUUUCUCUCUCUCCAGCUCCUCUGCGCCAUAUUGCCAUCGUCAGUCUCCUUCGGACAGUCUCUCGUGUUCUGUACUGCUUGUGACCUGCGUGCACCGGCGCAUAUACCUGUAUAGAUAGCGAAAAAUAGCCGAGAGAUAUCUUAGGCGAAUAGACGGAAGAGGAGGAGGGAGUGUAUAGAGUAGGAAAAUCGGCCGCUGUUGCCUCGCGCGGGGAAAGCCCCGUUACGCUUCAGUCGACGGCGGACGACGCAACGGAGAACGUCUCUCUGUGCUCAGCUCUACCAUUACAGAGAUGAGAAUUGCUUGAUGCGUAUGUUUUGUAUAGCCGAGUGCCGAGUGACUGGUGUGAUACGCGAGUCGAGUGUAUUUGUACAUUAUCGCGUAGUGGAAGAUCGAGAAAAUCGCUUGUACAGUGCGUGCGUGUGGUGUGCGAGGAUUAUGGGGAGACGAGGAGAUCGUUAGCGGCUCACGACAUUUCUCUUGGACAAAGGCGAAGAGACAGAGAGGCGAGAAGACACAGACGCAGGAGUACAGUGUACAGGGAAGAAAGAAGGGAAAAGCAAAAUGGGAUCGAAAGUAGAGUACGUCGAGUCGUCGCACAUGUACGCGACGAACUACAUCAGGAACUCGAAGGCCAUAGGUGUGCUAUGGGGGAUAUUCACCAUAUGCUACGCUAUCAUCGGCGUCGUGGCCUUCAUCACGCCGGAGUGGCUCGGAGAUCUGGAACACGAGAACCCGGGCAGGUUCGGCCUCUGGAUGAGGUGUAGCUUCGGAGGAACUGGUGAACUGGUCGAGGAAUGCGUCGGCCGUCUUGACGAUCUGUCGUCAAUCGCCAAUGUGCCAUUCAGAGCGAGCACGAUACUGGUUGCGAUCGCGGUGAUAAUCGCCCUCGUCUCCAUCUGCGCCAUGCUGCUCUUCUUCUUUUGCCAAAGCACGACGGUCUUCUACAUUUGCGGCUGGAUGCAAGUCGUUUCCGCUGUAUGCAUGGCGGUCGGAGUCUGCGUCUAUCCUCUAGGCUGGGAUUCACCGCUGAUUCGGGCUGUUUGCGGUGCCACGGCUUCAAGGUACAAUCCAGGUGCAUGUGCCGUGCGGUGGGCCAUUCCUCUGGCGGCAAUCGCGGCUCUGGACGCGGCAACCUUGGCGGCGCUUGCUUUCAUUUUGGCCUCGAGACACGUGAAGCUGCAGCCCGAGCCGUUCAACAAUGGUUCGCUCUACAAAGGUGAGGUGAAUCCCGGCUACGUGAACGAGGCGCAGAGUGUCGCAGGUUCUCGCAAAUCGCUCUCCCUGAGACCAGUAUUGUUGGUUGCACCACCGGAUCAAGAUCGUUACAGCGAGCUGUCUCGAGCCAAGUCUCAUUCGCAUCACAGCCUCUUCGCCGCGUCGCAGUCUCAUCCGGUACACGCCAUGUCCACGAAUACUCUCAAUCACUCGCAGCACAAUUUCCAGCUAUAAAGAUUCGGCGAAUAUUCGCGAUGAUUCGAUACUGCCAGAGUCUCUCCUUUUGUUAUAGAGGAGGUCUUUAUCUUUUAUGAUUAUGUGUAUGAGAGAGAUGUGCGAUGGAAAUUAUAUAAUUGAGUAUUUAUUCAUGACAGUUUUGGAAGUAAUACGCUGGAAGACUCUCGUGAGGCGAUGUUGGAAGUAUACAUUGGUUCCAGCAUAAAGCUUAUUAUUAUUGUUGAUCUGUUUCGAUUGCCCUUCUUAGGGCGAGGACAUAACGUGCAUUAAUUGAGAUGCUAAGUGAAUUUGAUUUUUAUGUCACGUUCAGAGAUUAUUAUAAUUAUAUUUGUAUUAUUGCUACUACGAUAAUUAUUGAACUUCAAUUGUAAGAGACGUUUAGGUUUGUUUGACAACUAUUUGUAUUGAUUUCUUUUUACUAAUAGAGAAUGAUUGAUCGUAUUGCGAAUAGAUAUUAUGCAAGGGUAAUUCGAAAAUUGUCGAUAUAUUCGAAAGGACUGAUUAAAGUGAAUGCGUUGUUACUUGCUGAGUGUUUGAGAUUUUUUACGAGCGAAAUUGGCACAGAGGAGAGUUUGUGCAGAUUUAUUUAGAUUUUGUACUUUUCUAUGCGAAAAGCUGCACAAAAAUUGUUUUGGUAACCGUAUGGACGGCUGUAUAUUAUUGUACCGUCCGAUAUCUUCCUUUUCAGUGUUACUACACGUUUUUAUUUGACGUACUUCAAGCAGUAAAUAAAAAAUCAUGUUUUAACAAGA